AUGUCGACACCAGCGAUGGCGCGGAACAACGCGCGUGCAGUGGAUCUGCCAGUGAGAAGUGGAGAGGGUGAGAGUUUUGUGGGUGGGAAUGUAUCGAUGCGCGAAGCGGACACGGCCGGUGAGCUAAAGAUCGGUGGGCGGACAGCUGCAGACAGUGGUGAGGAGCAGAAGAAGUUGGAGACGCAGACUCCAGCACCAAUGAGUCGCAGUGCCACAUCCUCUUCUGCUUCUGCUGUGCAUGUGGAAACGAUUGCGGAUGGCGCAGAGGAAGCGGCGGACACUGCAAGAGGCCCUGUGAAACAGCCGGCAAUGGAUUUAGACAUCGCGACUGGGAGUGAAGAAUAUGACGUACCUGCAACAGUUCGGGAAAAGACGACCACGAAGCCAAUGAUCACGAAACCUGCAGCGGUGGGACUUGCAGCGAAGGAACCUGCAGCGGUGGAACCUGUAGCGACGAAACUGCCACAAUUGUCUACAGAACCUGCUCCGAUCGUGGCGCUGACGACCAAACCAUCUCUACGUGCAGAAGACUCGACGACAAUUUCAGACGCUGUAGCAAACGACACUGCAAAACGACUGCAAACGACUGGUUACCUAAGUCAAGGCAGCAAUCCCUUGGUACUGGUGGCGCUAGCAGGUAUAUGCUGCAUCUUUCUUUUUGUCUGGGGACGGAAGAGGCGUUUGAGAACCUUCUCUAGCUCUGGUUCGCCUGGACAAAGAGGAGCUAAAGGAACGAAGUUACAGUACACGCAAGUACCAGAUGAACAGCCGUUUGACCGCUGUCACGAUGAUGACGACGAGUACUGCGACGACUUUGAGGAGGGCUCUUUCGCGAAUGAUCGGGGCAGUUGGGAUGAUUGGGAAAGCAACGCCACACAAGCACAGCUGAAUCCGUUCGCAUCAGCAGGGAGCCCUCCACGCCGCUCGAUAGCAGUGCCUGAAAGCAACCUCAGCCCAUUCGGGCUCAGCCAAGCACUGUCUCCUUCGCCCCAGCAGCACGUGCAGAAACCCCGGGAGAGUACUGUUGCGGGUAAAAGUGACACGCUAUGUGAAAGUGAUGAAUCCAAUAGCUCAAGUGACUCGUUUGAGGUCGUAACGGAUGAGGAGCGCACAGCACCAGCAAGCACCCGCAAUUCUAUCACUGAAGCCGAGAAGAAAGGUGAGAGUGCCGAUGACCUUUUCAGUCAAUUUAAUAUGGUACCGACAUUCCAAAAGAGCGCAGCAGUUCCACCAGCGCCUGCAGAUACCAGCGUUGCUCCUGUUUCUCAAUCCGUAUCGGCGGCCACCCUCUCUUCAGUGUCGUCGUUGCCGACUGCUGCCGAGGCGUCUGCAUUGUUCGCGGCUGAAAUGGAUGAUGAAGUUACUGCCGUGGACGCGUCUGACGAGUGGGAUGGAGAUGAUGAGUGGAUAAAGGGUAUUUGA